UGCAACAAAAUUACAUCCUAAAACCUCACACAAAAGCUUGGAGCAUUCAGCCCCUCUCCAGUCAGUCAGGCUAAGAGGACACAGGCUGGGAGCCUCCUCCGUAAACAGGAGGACUGAAAAGUGAAAAAAUAAGGAAAAAAACAAAUUAAGGAGGCAAAAAAAAAAAGCCAGCAGUUCUGUGCAGUUCUGUGCAAAGGACAGUCAUUUUGGAAACGUAAAAAGAGGUAUUCGGCUGGGACGAAAAUCUUUUAUCUUCAACACUCAGUAAAACAAAAUAGAGGUUUCUUCUCCAAAAAUGAAGGUCUUCCUUUUUCUAUGCUCCUACGUGAUCUUCUGUAAAGCCCUGCCUUUUGAGCAGAGAGGAUUCUGGGAUUUUUCCAUGGAUGAUGGAUUUAGUAUGAUGCAAGAUGAGGGUUCAGGAAUAGCACCUACUCCAACCCCUGGCUCCGACGGUCCUACUCUAGACUUAUGUCCGUUUGGUUGUCAUUGCCAUUUGCGUGUUGUGCAGUGCUCCGAUCUGGGUCUUACCAGCAUUCCCAAGAACCUUCCUAAGGACACCACACUUUUGGAUUUGCAGAACAACAAAAUUACAGAAAUUAAAAAAGAUGAUUUCAAGGGGCUUAGCAAAUUAUAUGCCCUGGUUUUAGUAAACAACAAAAUCUCCAAGAUAAACGACAAGGCGUUUGAGCCACUACACAAUCUGCAAAAGCUGUACAUUUCAAAAAACAGCCUGGAAGAGAUACCCCGAAACUUGCCAAACUCCCUGGUGGAACUGCGCAUCCAUGAAAAUAAAAUCAAGAAGGUUUCUAAGGAGGUCUUCAAUGGACUUAAAAACAUGAACUGCAUUGAAAUGGGAGGUAAUCCUCUGGAAAAUGGAGGUAUCGAGCCUGGAGCUUUUGAUGGGCUGAAACUAAACUACCUGCGUAUCUCCGAGGCCAAACUGACCGGCGUCCCGAAAGAUCUUCCAAGCACAAUGAACGAGCUGCACCUCGAUAAUAACAAAAUCCAGGCCAUCGAAUUGGAAGAUCUCAUCCAAUAUUCAAAUCUAUACAGGUUGGGACUGGGACACAAUAACAUCCGAGUGAUAGAAAACGGCAGCCUUUCUUUCAUGCCUUCUCUGAGAGAGCUCCACUUGGACAAUAACAAGCUCUCCAGAGUCCCCCCUGGACUCCCAGAUAUGAAAUUUCUGCAGGUGGUUUACCUACACUCAAACAACAUUACCCAAGUCGGCGUGAAUGAUUUUUGCCCAAUAGGUUUUGGGGUGAAGCGUGCCUAUUACCACGGAAUCAGCCUUUUUAACAACCCAGUUCCAUACUGGGAGGUGCAGCCGGCCACAUUCCGUUGUGUUACCGACCGUUUGGCCAUCCAGUUUGGGAACUACAAGAAGUAAGAGGCUGUGAGAAUGUUCCCUGGAACCAAAGAAAACCACAGGGUGAAAAAGAUGAAAAAAGAGAGAAGAAACAGCUGUACAAACACACAUACAGAAAAAAAAAAACAACAACCAAUAAAUCAUAGUAUGCUCCAUUCGCAGGAGAAUGUGUCAGACUUAAAAAAAAUACACAAUAAAUAAAUCCCACACUUAAAGUA